AGCAGAACGGAGAGGAGAAAGAAGGAAGAAAAAUCAUUUUCGUCACUUUUUACAGCAGCCCCGUUUUCCUUCCGGAUCAAAGACCAAACGAAGUGGGCUUAAAUUUUAGUAUGUUGUUCCUUACAUACUCCUCUUCAAAUCCAACGGUCAGAUUUCCAUUUUGAAGCCCGGAAGGUAGUUUUAUGGCAGCGUUUGUAAACCUGCGUUUUUGAAGUUUUUACUCCAUUUUUGGUGAAAUUGUUGAUUGUUGUUGUGCCAAAGAUGUUCCUUGAUGAUUGUAUUUGCCUCUAGUGUUUAGUAGAGAGGAGAACUUGUUGUACCCACUUGGUUCUUGGUGAUUAGUGGAAGUUUUGGUAACGUUGUUGAACGUUUGUAGUUUUCUCCCCGAUUUGGGAUUUCCACAUAAAUCUUGUGUCUUCUACUUUAUUACCGCUGUCAUUUAUUCGUGUGUGUGUGUUGCUGAUUUUUUGGAGUCUAUUGUGCUUAUCAUUCAUCUUGUUAAUUUGGGGAAAAGAUUUAUUACGCUUAUGUUGUGUUUAAACGCUGCUUCCCCAACAAAGUGGUAUGAGAGCUUGGUUAUUUUGAUUGGCUUCUUGUUGUGUUAAUGAUGGAUGACAAAGUGAUUGUUCAAGGAAUGGUUAGUUUGGACUCCACGAAUUAUUCCAUUUGGAAAAUUCGUAUUGAGGAUUAUUUAUGCUCUAAAGAUUUGCUUGACCCCAUUUCGUAUAAAGAACGUCCAACAAGUGUUGAUGAGAAAGCUUGGGCUAGCUUGAACCGAAAAGCCGUUGCAUCAAUCAAACAGUAUGUUUUUUUAAGUGUGUUGCAACAUGUUGCUAAUGAAACUAAUGUUUUUGAGAUGUGGAAGAAACUUGAAUCCAUGUAUGAGAGAAACAAUGCUACAGGUAAAGCUUAUUUGAUUAGGAAGCUUGUUAAAUUACAAUAUAAAGAUGGUGAUAGCAUUAUAGUUCACAUGAAUGAGUUUCAAGGUGUGGUAAACCAACUUGUCAGAAUGAAGAUGAAAUUGGAGGAUGAACUUCAAGCUUUGUUGUUACUUUCCUCAUUGCCCGAUAGUUGGGAUACCUUGGUGGUUUUACUUAGCAACUCAGCUCCGGAUGGCAAGAUGACAAUGGAGAUGGUCAAGGCUAGUCUCCUUAAUGAAGAGGCUAGGAGGAAAGAAUCAGGGUAUGUCAAUUUCGAUGAACAUAAACUGACAGUGAGGAAGAUACACAGGAUUUUGAGUGUUGGAGCAAUGUCGGCUGGAACAGUCAUUUAUCCUUCCUUCCAUAAGCUUUAUAAUCCUGAAAAUAAACUAGUCUAUAAGGGCAGGUGUUUUUACGCUCCCGAAGAGUUUGAAGAUGCGGAGUGCGCUAGUAGUUAUAUCACAGGGCAAAGUGAGUACCCAUAUGAGACACAUCUCGUAGCCAUUGUUGGGUGUGCAGUGUGUUGGGGUACCCCUUUUCUUGAAUGUUACAACAGUUACGGUUUUGAUUGGGGUAUAAAUGGUCGUGCAUGGAUCCCGAAAAAAUAUUUCUUCUAUUUCUGCAUGCCGGAUUGCGAUGGAGAAUUGGUUUCCAAGCUUAAAAAGCUUGGAAUAUCUAAUAUUGUCCGAGAAGAGCGGCGUCAUGAUUGUGCUGAUACGCCUGAUAGUGUUGGGACAUAUUAUACCAAACUUACUCUCCCAUCUUGCCAGGAAGUCGACAAACAAGUUUUCUCCACGGAUGGUGCCAGCUGUGCUCCCAUUUAUGUUGAUAUGAUGUGGGACACUUUUUUGAGCAGUAGAUCAAUUGUAAUUGAUAGUAAAUCCCAACAAGUUUCUACAAGGACUCGCUCAGCUCCGUCGCCGCUCACCAUUUCUAAAUCAAUUCGCACGCCUUUUGAUCAUGGGGAUGGAAAUGGGGGAAGACGGGUAGCUAAUUCGCUUUCUAGGUUUUCGACCAAUGCUGAUCAACCUGCUGAACAUUUCCGGGAAGGAGGCAAAAAGGUCCACUGGACUCAGACUAAAUCUUUGAAAGUACGGUCACCUCGGCACUCAAAUUUAGAGGGUCACCAUUCUGCUUUUUACAAGGAAAUGCAAUCUCCUCGGUUUCAAGCGAUACUACGUGUCACAAGUGGUCGCAGAAAGAGGGUGCCAGAUAUCAAGAGCUUCUCUCAUGAACUUGAUUCCAAAGGAGUCCGACCUCUCCCAUUUUGGAAAUCCCGUGCUUUUGGCCGAAUGGAGGAGAUUAUGGUGAUGAUUCGGUCAAAAUUUGAUAAAUUAAAGGAAGAGGUUAACUCUGAUUUGGGUGUCUUUGCUGGCGAUCUGGUUGGAAUGCUUGAAAAGGCAUCAGAACCCAAUGCUCAUUGGAGGGAGAGUCUGGAAGAUUUGUUGGUAUUAGCUAGACAAUGUGCAGAGAUGUCACCUAGUGACUUCUGGUUGAGUUGUGAAGGCAUUGUUCAGAAUCUAGAUGACCGAAGGCAAGAGCUUCCAAUGGGUACUAUAAAGCAAGAUCACACCCGCCUCUUAUUCAUACUCGCUCGUUGUACUCGGCUUGUACAGUUUCAGAAAGAGAGUGGUUUUGAAGAACACAUUUUAUCUUUCCACAAACUUAGCGAUGUCGGAGUGUAUCCAGAACAAAUGCUUGGGCCUUCUAAGGAGUUUAAUGGGAGAAGACACAAAAAAUCACAAGGAAUGGACCAUAGCAGUCUAACUGCCAGGGAAGAUCAGACGGACGAGAACUUUUGUGGAGAGACAACAGAGGUUAGCACUGCUAAGUGCUAAGAGUACCACUUCAUCUACAGGAAGCGUCAGGAUGUCUUCUUGGAAGACGCUUCCUUCUGCAGCUGAAAGAAAUCAGAAAGUCAAAAACUCUGAUGAUGUCCCACACAUGGAUAAAUCUGACUCUCUGCUACAUUAUAUAUCUUACGAGAAUUCAUUUAUCUGUCUCAUAUGCGAAGUUGAAAUACGAGGAUUCCUUUAUGUAAAACAACAUUCAAGAAUUUGUACUCUAGCUGACACGUGCGACUUAAAAGGUUCAACUGUGAAUGAACGACUUGAAAGAGUUUCAGAAAUUCUUGAAAAGGCUCUUGAAUCAUGGUCACCAAAAAGCAUUGACAAUGGGAUGGUGAAUCCUGAGGUAGCAAGAGUCUCUUCUUUAAGCGUUGCUGAAGAGUUAGGCAUCUUUUCUAAAAAACAGAAUGGGUUACCUUGUCAAUUCUCUCAAGACAUACUAGAUUGUGCUCUUGAGUCCGAUACGGCUUCUGAGUUGGAUAGUCUUACCAAUUUUUCUGACAUGUCAAAGAAGGCCUCAUCAGCUAGGAGUAUGACACCAAGGUCACCAUUGAUGACUCCUCCGAGAAGCCAGAUUGAUCUGCUGUUGAGUGGGCGCAGAACCAUAUCUGAACAUGAAAGUUAUCAGCAGAUAAGUAAGCUACUGGAUAUUUCUCGAUCAGUUGCAAAUGUGAACAACAAUGAUUAUAGUACAUUAGAAUAUUUGCUUGACCGUCUAGAAGACCUCAAGUAUGCCAUUCAAGACAGGAAGGUUGAUGCUCUUGUCGUUGAGACAUUUGGGAGACGUAUAGAAAAACUAUUGCAAGAAAAAUAUGUCCUACUCUGUGGGCAGAUUGAUGAUUGAUGAUGAGAAAGUGGUUGUCCCAAAUAGCGCUGCUGAUGAGGAAAGUUCAGCAGACGAUGAUACUAUAUCCGACGGGGCUGCUUCGUGCGUGUCUUCCUCGCUGAUCGAUUGAUUUGUAAAUGGAGAACUUCAUCGGGUCGGGUCGCAGGAGUAUAAAGUAGAAACUUGACAGAUUUCUUUUAUUUGAGUGUUUACUAAAACCUUAUACUCGUAUGUGAAAAAAUUAUCUUGAAUUUGAAAUAAUACUCUGAAGGAUAU